CUCCCUUGGAUACCCGAGCCCUAGGGUCCUCCCCCGGGGAUGCCGAGUGUCUCCGCUGCGCGGCAAGGGGCGGCAUCUGCGGGGGUCGGGCGGCGUGGCGGGGACCCCGCUGAGGCUCCCCCUGUCCUCCCUUCUCCCCGAGGCAGCUGGGGCCCCGCUCCGCCGUGCCGAGGACGAGCGCUGCCGAGGCCCUCGCCUGAGCCUGCCCGGGCUGUCCGCCCGCUGCGGUGGGAGUCGUCCUUCUCCCAGCCGGGCCCGACGGAGAGCGAGCCCAGCGAAGGACAGGUCUUCCUCAGCGAAAGCUGCGUGAAGAGACUGCUGGAGAUUGCAGAAGGCUCAGAGUUUCUCAGGCUGCAGGUGGAAGGAGGUGGCUGCUCUGGCUUCCAGUACAAGUUUUCCUUGGACACAGUUAUCAAUCCUGAUGACAGGGUGUUUGAACAAGGUGGUGCCCGUGUGGUUGUGGAUGUGGACAGCCUGGCCUUCGUGAAAGGUUCCAUGGUGGACUUCAGCCAGGAGCUGAUCCGAAGCUCCUUCCAGGUGGUGAGCAACCCCCAGGCAGAGAAGGGUUGCUCAUGUGGGACUUCCUUCUCUGUCAAAUUCUGACUGGACUUCCCAUGGAUGGACACUGUUUUCAGACACUUCCUGGCAGUCUUCAGAGGGUUUGUUCUUUUCCCAGCUGCUCCCUCUCAUCUCGCUCUAUGACAUAGCUGUUACACAUUACUGCAGCUGUGUGUAUGUUUGCACUGAGCCUGUCUCCAAGACUUGUUGGCCUUCCCUUCAGAAACAUGAAGCAACCAUGAGCACGCACACAGGAGCCUCUUCAGCACCUUGUGAACCACUGGCCAGGUGGUGCUAACUCGCCUGCCCUGUCCUGAAUGUGGAACCACUUAACUGUUUCUCUCUGCAAGAAAUGGCUAUAAAUAUAUAUGUGUGUGUGCGCGUGUGCAGGUGUGUUUAUUGAAAAUUCUUAGUAAAAAAAGUCUCCGAGAUUGA